AGCAGAGCGGUAUCGACCCGCCACGCCGCGCCACCCCCGCGGCGCGGUAGUGCGGCGGCGAAUGCCGGUCCGGACCGGCAGGACCAAAACAGAAGUGCAAGUCGUGUCGUGCUCGCCGUGCCUCACGUCACGACUGAACGCGUGUGCUCCGCGAGCUCGGCGUGCUCUAUACGUGCUCCGCGCGCGCGAGGGGCCGACGCGGCCAGGGCCGACGCGACCGACACUCUGGCCACGGCACGCUCGUGCGUGUCGACGCGGGGUGCAGCUGCGCCGGCAGCUGCAGGUGGUGCGGGGACGAGAUGGCCGACAGCGAGAACGACAGCGAGAAGGAUGCUGAUGGAAUGCGCCUCUCCUGGCCGAGUGUGUACCUACCCGGCGCGCCCAGUCUGCUGGGGGAAGAGAGCCCCCCCGGGGCCGCGGCCAGCCCCGCCGGCCACGCCCCGCAAGGGCAGCAGCGGGCGCAGCGCCCCGCAGACAGCGCGACCACUCCCAAGCCAGUGUCCACCCCGGUGCCGGCGAAACGGACGCCCGCCCCCGCGACGGAAAAGUGCCCCGGACCACCGACACCCGCGCGUCGGGCGCGCCCGCCUCCCGCACCCGCGGCGACCUCGGCGACGGCGACGGAGCCCGAGUACGUGACGGAGGCGCGGCAGUGGCUCAUGGAGACGGACAUUGACGCCCAGUGGCGCCGGAUGUGGCAGCCGGCACCCCUCGAGACGGACCUUGACGCGGUGCUGGCAGGGCCCGGGAGCGUGGCGCCGCCCCCGCGGUCCAGCACGCUGCCCCCGCCCACGCGCCGCCAGCUGAGGGUGUUCCUGGAGACCGACCUAGACGCAGCGGGGCCGCCGCAGCCACCCCUGCGCCAGCAGCCCGCGUCCUUCGGACUCGCCGCCCGCACCUGCUCGUCCAAGGAGACGGACAUUGACCUGGCGCCGACGCCCAGCCCCAGCCCGCGGAUGUUCCGCACCCUGCCGCGCACGCGGUUCGUCCGGGAGACGGACGUGGAUGAGGCCAUGGGCUUCACCAGGCGCGCGCCCGAGUCCUCGGUCGACACCGUCUGCUCCGAGGGACCCACGCCGUCGCGCCGGACGGUGGCGGGCACGUUGCCGGUCGACAGCGACGCGACGGCCGCGCUCAGGAGCUCCACCGAGAGGACCUUCACGGAGACGGACCUCGACGACGACCCCAUCCGCCCCCCGGCGCCGCCCCGCGCCUUCACCUACGCCCCCGCCGCCCCCGCGCCGAUGCCGGUGCCGCCGCGGCCCCUCCUCAGGCCCGAGCUCAUACUCAGGCCGCCGCAGCCAUCGCGGCCCUCCGACCUGCUCGUGCCGCCCCUGGGGCUGCUGGGGCCGUCCACCUCCCACAUGGGCAGCGGCACCAUGAGCGGGCUGGGCAGCGGGCUGGGGAGCGGGUUAGGUAGCGGCCUCGGAGGGAGCGGACUGGGGUUGGGCAGCGCCAGCGCCAGCGGCCUGGGUAGCGGCCUCGGCCUCGGCGGGGGGGUGUUCACCCUCAACCCCAGCAUGCUGGACUCCGACGUGGACGAGUCGGAGCUGAGAAGGGUGCUGCUAAACGACAAAUGGAGACAGCUCUUUGACAAGUACGACCCGGAAGGCUUUGGCGAGAUCCCUUGGGAAGACUUCGAGAAAGUGCUUCACGAUCACGAGUUCUGCCUGGUGGUGCCGGCGAACAAGAGGCUCAUCCUGGCGGAGAAGGCGGCGGAGCGCAAGACCACGGCCAUCACAUUCCAGGACUUCGUCAACGUGAUGAGCGGCAAACGUUCGCGGUCCUUCAAAUGCGCCGUCCAUCACCGAGAUAGAGAGGUCUGCAGUGAGAACGACUUCCACCUCGUCGACCCCGACCCUCCGCUGCGCAGGAUGGUGCGGAUCAUUGCUGAUGAGUUCCUGUCCGAGGAACGCGACCGCAAGCUAUAUGCCGACCAGUACACAUGCUGCCCGCCCCCGCUCUUCAUCCUAUGCAUCACGCUCAUUGAGCUGGGCUUUUUCACGUACUACUGGGUGGCUAUGGGCGAGGUGAGCCCCUCAGGGCCGGUACCGAUAGACAGCGUCUUCAUCUACCGUCCCGACAAGAGACAAGAGAUCUGGAGGUUUAUUUUCUACAUGGUGCUUCACGCAGGGAUGCCGGCCGCCGCGCUGCCCGCCGCGCUGUCCGCCCUGGGGGCGCUGCUCCUGCUGUCCGCCUGCGCCGUGGAGCGCGCCGAGGCCUGCUCCAGCCGGUCCACGCCCAAGCCGCGCCCGCCCGCGCCCACCCCCCGGCCCAACGUGACCUUCCACACGUACGCCUGCCCGCCCGCGUACGCGGCCUGGUACUGCCUCAACGGGGCCACCUGCUUCACCGUCAAGAUCGCCGAGUCGCUCAUGUACUCGUGCGAGUGCUCGGACGGCUACAUGGGCAACCGGUGCGAGUUCAAGGACCUGGACGGGUCGUACCUGCCCGUGCGGCAGCGCGUCGUCCUGGAGCGCGCCAGCAUCGCGUCGGGCGCCAGCAUCGCCGUCAUCCUCGUCGUCGUCGUGUGCAUGGCCGCCUACGUGCACUGUCAGAGGAGAAACGGACGGGGCAUCAAGUCGCCGCCGCCCUCGCCGCCGCCCUGCCUUCCCUGCCGCGCGCCCCCCAGCCGGCCGCCUCCGGGCCCCGGCCGGCCUGUCGCCGCCCCCCUCAGCCGGCCGCCCCCGCCCCCGGGCCCCUACGUCCUGGACAGGGAUUGGCCCUGGCGUGCGCCCAUCGUCGUGCCCGUGGUGGCGCUCCACAGGCCGUGCCGGACGGCCCCCGCGCCGCCUGGCGCGCCGCCCCCGAGGCCGCCGCCGCCGCUGUGUCCGCCCCCGACAUGCGCGCCACUCGUGUGCACGGGGCCGGUCAGGCACCCCGUCAGGCAGCAGUGCUAGUGCAGAGCUGGUGGGCGCCGCCAUAUGGACUCGAGUGCGAGCGCCCCCAGAGAAAGACUGCCCGUUCAACAGUGUACAGUUCAAAGUUAAAAGAGUGUAUAGUGUAAUUAUGUAAAGGACAGCUGUGCUGAAUGUAUAUAGGAAUGCCGUGUACAUAAGAUGUAUGUAUGUAUGUGCCCGGCCCGGGGAGCGCGUCCGCCUCAGUCUUUCCUCUCUAUCUCUCUAUUUAUUGUAAUUUAUAUCGAGCCGGGCGCGCGCUCCGCGGCAACCAAACUUGUUUUAAGUUUAUUUAUUUUGCUAUGAAGUUCCUAACGAUGUCAAUCGACCCCGCGACCGUCUCCAACAAAUGUGAUAUUGUUUUAAGGCUCGACUGCGCGGGGGUUCCAGGAUUGGCAGCACGAUGGCUAUAUAAACAUUCGUUGUAGCGAAUCUGUUACGGGUUCGUCAACGAUAUAUUUUAUUUAAAAAGUUAAAAGCGAAUUUGGAGUACAGAGAAAAGAAAGCACAUCACUAUUUAAAAUGCUGCUUUUGCACGAGUUAAACGAGCAAACAAAAUAUGAAAUACUAAAUACUUGACUCGUUGUGCAAUACUCGCAUAAUGUCGCGAAAAGAAAAGACUCUAUAAACAUGCUUUGUAAUAGUCAUUUAAAUACCAAAUAAUGAUAGCAGUGUAGUUUUAAGCUGUAUGCCACGCCACCGUGUGCUACAAUAGCGAGAAACGAAUAUUGAUUACUGGUGCUCAUUUUGAUAUGAAUAUGAAUGGAAAGCUAACAUUUGGCCGGGCCCCGCCUGCUCACUAGUCAGCAGCGUCCGAGCGUACGUACCUACUAGGAUUUGUAAAUUUUUGACUUUGUUGCCGUCCAACACAUACACCCCAGUGUUAUGAUUUUUUUUUAUAAAGAGAAAAUGAUUUUGAUCCAAUGACGCAUUUUUUUACCAUGUUUUUGUGUUGAUUUGUUUUAAACCUGUAGACAUGUAAAUUUGUUUGUAUAAUUUGCUACAAAUUCAUUUGUGUGAAGGAAGAAAGUUUUUUUUAUAUUCAUGUUUUAUCAUUAACAUUGUAUACCAUCCACUUCCUCAACUUUCAUCGAAUGUAUUAUAAUUUAUUUUUUUACUUUUAUUAUGACUGAUGUAGGGGUGUGUGUUUUAGACGGCGUUAUCUGUUCGUGCGGUGGUUCAGUGUGCGAAUCACUCGGUUGCUCACUUGCCUGUGUUUCUGUCAUGUUUAUGAAUGUCUGUCCAUAGUUUAAAUUUAGAGAGAGAGAAAGAGAGAAAUGUCCAACAAAUGAGAGAUAUUUAUGUAUAUCAGAUGCAGAUAAACAAAAUUCAUUUCUGUCUUUAGAAAUAAAUAUGUUAGUACAUAAAAUGAA